ACCAUCUUUCGGAAAAGUGGGGAUGAGAACAUGAAGCAUAUAAUAAGAAAACACCGAUCAUACAGAAAGGGGAAAGGAGAGCAUAAACGUUUUGUGUUUCUUUUAUUGAUUUAGAAAAACAAUGACGAACGAUAAAUUCACUGGUUAUGCUGCCCUAAAACCUAUUGACGGUCCUACAUUAGAGUCAAUGACAUUUGACGCAAGACCACUCGAGGAAGACGAAGUCGAGAUUCGUGUUCAAGCGUGCGGCAUUUGCGGUUCCGAUGUUCACCAUUUGACUAAUGGUUGGGGACGAGCAACUUAUCCCUUGAUUCCAGGACACGAGUUUAUUGGCGAUAUCACUGCUGUUGGCAACAAAGUAACAGAGCACAAGGUCGGCGAUCGUGUGGGUGUAAGCCCUGUAUGCCGUAGCUGUAACGAAUGUGAACAGUGCACAACUCAGCAUAAGCAGUUAUGCCCUUCCAAAGUGACCACGUACAACGGCAAGUACAAGGGCCAGAUGACCUAUGGUGGUUAUGCGGAUCGAGUUCGUGUGCAGUCCACAUGGGCCAUCAAGGUGCCAGAAAAUAUCAGCAGCGAGGAAGGUGCUCCAUUACUCUGCGCAGGCGUUACCACCUUUCUUCCUUUCAAGCAUCAAAACAUUGGUGAGCAACAUUCCGUUGGUAUUGUUGGCAUCGGUGGCCUGGGUCACUUGGCAGUUCAAUGGGCUCGUGCCAAAAACUGCAGUAAGGUUCUUGCCUUUUCUUCAUCCGAUGCUAAACGGGAAGAAGCUUUUAAACUUGGUGCAACAGAGUUCGCUACUUUGAGUGAAACUGCCAAAUAUCAACAGUCUGUUGAUUAUCUAUUUGUAUGCGGAUCUGGCAAAUCAACCAACUGGACUGAUUUGUUGGGCUUGAUCAAACUACGCGGCAAGCUUGUAUUGCUUGAUAUUCCCGAGGAACCUGUACCUUUUAAUGCGGGUGCAUUUGUUUACAAGCAUAUCAGUAUUAUCGGUAGCUACGUCGGCAGCAGCGAGGAUUUGCAAGAAAUGCUCGAAUUUGCAUCUAAAACCGGCGUUCGACCAUGGAUUGAUCGCGUGGGCAACUCAUUAGAAGAAGUGAACCGAGGCCUUGGGAUCAUUAUGAGCGGCAAAGCACAUUAUAGAGUGGUUAUUUGCGGUGAAGGUCGUCAGUAAAUGGCAUUUCUGUUUAAAUAAAGCGAAUAUGGAGACUAUUUUUCUG